UGAAAAGGGAGCCCUUCAUCGCGAAGAAAACUUUGCUGAUGAGUGUAAAGUUUACAUAGUGAACUUCCGCCACGUGGCAGAGCCCAUUAUUCUCGCAGUUUUAAACGUGCCACGUCAUCUCCUGCUGCACUAAGGAGAUUAGCCAUCCACACCCGAACAGUUUCUUGGUUCCCACGUCAAAGAUGACGUUGGUGAUGACAUCUCUAUAACCAGGAAAUACAAAACCCUCGCAAAACCCUCAAUCACAGAUUCACAACACAAAACUCACAUCGUCAACUACUGCAGAUUUUGAAGGCGCAUGACGACUGGUACCCUUUGCGGGAACAAGACAUCGCGGAAGAGACGAAGAAGUGGGAGUGACUCUGUCAUAGACACUCUUGAGAAGUGGAAGAAGUACAACAGUGACGUUGAGUUUGUCAAAAAUGGAGCAAAGAAAGCGAGUCAGAGAGUUCCAGCGAAAGGCUCGAGAAAGGGAUGCAUGAGAGGCAAAGGUGGGCCUCAAAACUCAGAUUGCAACUACAGAGGAGUGAGACAGAGGAUUUGGGGCAAAUGGGUGGCAGAAAUUCGCGAACCCAUUACUGGAAAUCACAAUAAUGUGGGAAACAAGAAACCAAAUCGGUUAUGGCUUGGCACCUUCUCUACUGCACUUGAAGCUGCCCUUGCUUAUGAUGAAGCAGCCAGAGCCAUGUACGGUCCCUGUGCUCGCCUGAACUUUCCUGAGUAUAAUAUGGAAGGAGGAGCAGAAGAAGAAGAACCCACAUGCUCUAAUGAGGAAACAGAGAAGAAACAUGAUAUUGUUCUGGUGAAGAGUGAAGAAGAAACAGAGGAGGAAUGGAAUCCAAGAGCUAGUUGUGAGGAUUCUAGUGUCAUUGGAAGUGAAGCUUCCUUUGAGAAGAAGCAAAUGGAGGAAAUGACGUCCGAGAUUCUGGGAUUUUGUGCAUCUGACCACUCUCAAAACGAGGAAUAUAAAUCUUCUAUAGAGAGAAAAUUUGGAGAUGAGGGUUUCAGCAUUCCUGGCAAUGGAACUCCGUGUUUGAAGAAAAAGACAUGGAUGAGUGGCAGAGUGGUCAUUUGCCUGUGUAUCUGAAUAGCAUGAAGGAGGCAGACCUGGAAGUGGGUUAUUAUGACUACAGUUUCUUGAGACCUGAUUAUGACUUUGGCUUAUUGGAAGAGAAAAACUUACUUGGCUUGUGGUUUCCACACAUAGCUUCUUAAAUGUAUACUAAUGCUUAUAUUUGUUUGUUACUUCUGUCCUGGUUUUUUCCAUUUUAAUGGGGCUGUUGCAGGAUGCUUUUUCCCCCUUAAAAUGAGUCAAUAAGAUGCAGUUUCUACUC